ACCCCGUCGUGGAGUGGGAAGAGGGGUGCAUACAGUACCAACAUACAACCCUCACUGAGCGCACGAAGUCGGGUGAGCCCUGGCAGUUUAGAGAAACAUCCUCUAACAGGCUACUGAAAUCAGAAAAGUUACUAAACUGAAGUUGAACGUUUGGAUUUCGGACUCUGCCAUAUCACACAUACGAAAGAAAACUAUGCCAAAGUGGAAAUAAUAUUUGAUCACGGAUGAAUUCUGCUAAAACUUCCUCGUUUAGUCUUGGAUUUACGAAGCUCACUCGGAUCCAAGAAGAGCCCAGUUAUGUGAACGAUCUCGUAGGCAACCAGCAUAAUGUGACCUGGAGGUUUGAUAUGAGCUAUCAAUAAAUUAUCGUAUUUGUGUAGAGAAAUAGCAAUCGUCCCGCACGGAGUUAUUCGUUGACUGGCUCUCACCAAAGACUACCCCAGCGCAGCGGACAGGCACAGAGAAGAGAGAGCAAGACGGCGUGGUAGGCUAUUUCAACAGAAGAAGGAAACAGAACAUCUAUGAAAACAGAACAGAACAUCUAUGAAAAUACUCAUUAUUUAGAUUGAAUAGAAUUCGUUUCCGUCCUCUGCUGCUUUGGAAUGAUGCCUGCGCGUUCUGUGGGUAUUUACUUUCUACUCGGAUUUAUUCACAUUUGUUCAGGAUCUCGUCUGCGUCAGGAUGACUCCCCUCCUCGGAUCGUGGAGCACCCCUCUGACCUCAUCGUGUCCAAGGGGGAGCCGGCCACCCUCAACUGCAAGGCGGAGGGGCGUCCCGCCCCCACGGUGGAGUGGUACAAGGACGGGGAGCGGGUGGAGACAGACCGGGACAACCCCCGUUCCCACCGCAUGUUGCUGCCCAGUGGCUCCCUCUUCUUCCUGCGCAUCGUCCACGGCCGACGUAGCAAGCCAGACGACGGCAGCUACGUGUGUGUGGCCCGUAACUACCUGGGCCAGGCCAUUAGCCACAACGCCUCACUGGAAGUAGCCAUACUGCGUGAUGACUUUAGACAGAACCCAGCGGAUGUGAUGGUGGCGGCGGGGGAACCUGCCGUACUGGAGUGCCAACCCCCCCGUGGGCAUCCUGAGCCCACCAUCUCAUGGAGGAAAGACGGUAGCAACAUCAAUGACAGGGAUGAGCGCAUCACGAUCCGCAGCGGGAAGCUGAUGAUCACCAACGCCAGGAAGAGUGACGCAGGGAAAUACAUUUGUGUGGGGACCAAUAUGGUGGGAGAGAGGGAGAGCGAAACUGCAGAACUGACUGUUCUAGAGCGCCCAGGGUUUGUGAAGAGGCCCAGUAGUGUUAUGGUGCUGGCAGAUGAGAGUGUGGAGUUCCACUGUGAGGCACAGGGAGAUCCGGUCCCCACUGUCCGCUGGAGGAAAGAGGAUGCAGACCUACCCAAGGGGAGGUAUGAGAUCCUAGAGGACCACACCCUGAGCGUACGAGAUGUAAGACUGUCAGACGAGGGCUCCUACACAUGUGUUGUGGAGAACAUGGUGGGGAAGGCUGAGGCAUCAGCUACACUGACAGUACACGUCUUCACUGUGCCCCCAGCGUUCGCCAUGCGCCCCAGAAACCAGGUGGUGGCGGUGGGGAGAACGGUCACCUUCCAGUGUGAGGCCACUGGCAACCCCCAACCUGCUAUCUUCUGGCAGAGGGAGGGCAGCAAUAGCCUGCUAUUCUCCUACCAGCCCCCUCAGCCCUUCAGCCGUCUCUCUGUGUCCCAGACUGGCAGUCUGACCAUCGCAGAUGCUCAGCGCUCUGACGCCGGGUACUACAGCUGUCAGGCCCUCAACAUCGCUGGCUCCGUCAUCACCAAGGCCCUGCUGGAGGUCACUGACAUGGUGUCGGACCGCCCCCCUCCCGUGAUCCGACAGGGCCCGUCCAAUCAUACGGUACCUGCGGAGAGCACAGUGGUCCUGGGUUGCCAAGCAACAGGGACACCCACACCAACAGUUCACUGGAAGAAAGACGGGGUGAUGUUGUCCCCCGAGGAGGCCCGCAUCACCCAGAUAGACACAGGAGCCCUGCAGAUCCGCUACGCUAAGCUUGGAGAUACAGGCGUCUACACAUGCGUGGCGUCCAGCCCCAGUGGAGAGGCAUCCUGGAGGGCUUACCUGGAGGUGGAAGAGUUCGGAGUAGUAGUCCAGCCAGGUCGACCCACAGACCCUAACCUGAUCCCCAGCGGCCCAUCCAAGCCUGACGUGACUGACGUGAGCCGCACCUCAGUCACUCUGUCCUGGAAGUCCAACCCAAAUGCUGGGGCCACGCCCACCUCCUAUGUCAUCGAAGCAUUCAGUCACGCGUCGGGGAGUAGCUGGGUGACUCUGGCUGACCACGUGAAGAUGGAGACCUUUGUCCUGAAGAACCUCAAGCCAGGUGCAGUUUACCUGUUUCUGGUGAGAGCAGCCAACGCCUACGGCCUCAGUGACCCCAGCCCCAUCACUGAUGCAGUCAGGACACAAGACACCCCUCCCACCAGCCAGGGGGUAGACCAUCGUCAGAUCCAGAGGGAGCUGGGGGAUGUGGUGAUCCAUCUCCACAACCCCACCAUCCUCUCUUCCUCUUCUGUCAGGGUGCAGUGGACGGUGGAGCAGCAGUCUCCAUACAUCCAGGGUUACAAGGUGAUGUACAGGGCGUCUGCGGAGCUGGGCCAGCCGGGGGGGCAGUGGGGCGUGUUCGAGGUGCGGAACCCUGGAGAGGACGGUGCUGUGGUGCCUCAGCUGAAGAAGGGGGUCACCUACGAGUUCAAAGUGCGUCCCUUCUUUGAUGAGUUCCAGGGAGCGGACAGCGAAGUGAAGGUGGCCAGGACGCCUGAGGAAGCUCCCAGUGGAGCCCCCCGAGGUGUUACCAUCACGAAGAGUGAUGCCAAUGGGACCGCCAUCCUGGUCGCUUGGCAACCGCCUCCUGCGGAGGAACAGAACGGAAUGGUACAGGAGUACAAGAUCUGGUGCCUGGGCAAUGAGAGCCGUUACCACGUCAACCGGACAGUAGAUGGCUCCACCUUCUCCGUGCUAAUCCCCAGCCUGGCGCCAGGGAUACGCUACAGUGUGGAGGUCGCCGCUAGCAACGGUGCUGGCCCAGGGGUCAAGAGUGAUGUCACCUUCUUUCAACUUGACUCUACAGGUCAGAUGAUGGACAGUCGUGAGGACCAGGACACAUUGUCUCAGAUCUCAGACGUGGUCAAACAGCCGGCGUUCAUCGCGGGCAUCGGUGCUACCUGCUGGGUGGUCCUCAUGGUGUUCAGUGUGUGGCUCUACCGCCACCACAAGAAGAGGAGUGGCCUCAGCAGCAGCUACGCCGGCAUACGCAAAGUUCCAUCUUUCACCUUCACUCCUACAGUGAACUAUCAGAGAGGAGGAGAGUCUGUCUGCAGUGCUGGGAGACCCGGGCUGCUGAACAUGGGUGAGGGUGUGAACCAGCCGUGGCUGCCAGACUCCUGGCCCAACGCCUGUGCCAACCACAAAGACUGCAGCAUCAACUGCUGCAACACUGGAAACGGCACCAGCGACAGCAACAUGACCACCUACAGCCGCCCAGCUGACUGCAUCGCCAACUAUGGCAGCCAGUUGGAGAACCAGCAGGGGGGUCUUUUGGGGUCUGAACAGGCCGUGUACAGCGACGUGGACCUCUCCAACAAACUCAAUGAGCUCAAGACCUUCAACAACCCCAGCCUGUGCUACAUGGGCCCAGGGGCAGGGCCGCCCACCCCUUACGAGCCCACCCCCUACGCCACCACCCAGCUCAUCCAGUCUAGCAUCCUUAACAAGGCUGGAGCUGCAGGGGCCACUGAUAUACGCUGUUGGAACCAGCCCCCGUCCCAGCUGCAGAAAGCACAUAUGCAGUACAACAUCAUGGAGCAGAGCAACAGGCUCAAUAAAGACCACUAUAGAGGAGAUGGGCCUCUGCAAGGCACCGUCCCGUACAACCAGGCCCACGAACACAACACAGGAGGCUCCCUCCACAGCUCUGACAGGGGCAGCAACAGCACCUCUGGGAGCCAAAGUCAUAAGAAGGGAACUCGCACCCCCAAACUGCCCAAAACUAACACAGUGACCCGGGGUGAACCUCUGCCCCCUUCCCCUGCCAACCCCCCACCAAGCCGGAGUUGUGACGAAUAUACCCUGCCCAUGGAAAAAAGCUUUAACCCAGAUGCCCUAUGCCCAAUGCUUCCCUCACGGAUGUACCUGCAUCCGGAUGAGAUGGAGGAAGAGGAGGCGGAGGAGGGGAUGGAUAGAUGUCCCACCCCCCCUGUCAGAGGGGCAGCCUCAUCCCCUGAGGGUCUGUCCUACAGUCACCAGUCUACGGCAACUCUCACCCCCUCCCCCCAGGGAGACCAGCACAAUGGCCUACACAAUGGAACAGACCACCACAGACAACACGUGGCCAGCCCCCCUCCUUCCCCGCUCCCCCUCUCCCCCCCACACACCUACGGCUACAUCUCCAGCCCCCUGGAGCUGGAUACUGACGGCCAGGAGGAAGAGGGCGAGGAGGAUGAAGAAGAGGCAGGGGAUGAGAUGGAUGCAGACAUGGCCCAGAGUCACUACCACCAGCACCAAAAUAACCACCAGCCCCACCAGCAACUGCGCCACCAGCAGCACCCCCGUUCCCCACGCAGGCUGCACCUCCGGGGGCUGGAGCAGACGCCUGCCUCCAGCACGGGGGAUCUGGAGAGUUCCGUGACGGGCUCCAUGAUUAACGGCUGGGGCUCGGCCUCCGAGGAGGACAACGGCUCGUCAGGACGCUCCAGCGCCGUCAGCUCCUCAGACGGAUCCUUCUUCACAGACGCAGACUUCGCCCAGGCUGUGGCCAACACUGGAGAUUACACAGCAGGCCUACGCAUGGCCAGGUUCCCAGAGGAUACAGGACCAGCAGGGCGAAGGCACCAGCGUCCCAGCAGCCCACUGUCCACAGACAGCAACAUGAGCUCUGCAGUGAUGCAGAAGAGACCGCCCAAGAGGCACAAGCAGCACCAGGCCCAGGUUGGCCACCAAGGUCACCUGAAGAGGAAUGACUUCACAGACGACUCCUGCAUGCCCUUGAAGUCCCCUAGUCACAUGUCGCGGUGUGGCUAUGAGGUGAGAGGUGCUACGCUCCCGAGGAUUGGCUCUGGGGAGGGUCGGGGCCGAAGAGGGAGUGCAGGAGGCCAGAAGACCAGAGAGGGCUCUGUAGAGAGACGGGAGGGCCAGGACAAGAAUAGGACUCCACAGGGAGGCAAGGGGAGCAGCAAAGCCCGUCAGCCACCAGGUUCUGAGGACAUCCCCCCGUACAGCAGGCCCUCCUUCCCCUCGGUGCAGGGCCAGAGCCAGGCUCAGAGCUCCUCCAGCUCCAUGUCCUCCCGGGGAUCUGGGGGACGGAGGAGAGAUGGGGCCCGCAGGAACCCCACAGACACACUGCCCAGCAUCACAGGCUUCCAGACCCAGGAAGAGGAGCUAGAGCUUCUGGAGAGCUGAGGAUCAUGGGAGAAGAAAAGGAAAGGGGAUCUGACAUCACAAUUCAGUGACUAUUAUGUAAAUUACUUUUCAUAUCAUACAGAACAAAAAAAAAACUGAACAAUAUUGAAUAUUUGUUUUUCUUAUUACAAUUUCUCAUUAGAUGUCCAUCUUCCAGGAAAAAAGAAAGUGAGAAAAAAGGUGCAAUCGCGUUUGAGUCUGUUAACUCACUGGUAUGAAGCACCAUUAGAUCAUUGUUUACUUGACUUGUUGCUAGAGAACUGGCUUCCAUUCGCCUCGAUGAAAGUAGUCACAGCCUCAAUGAAAGUACAUGCACAUUAGAUGGUUGUUGUCAGUGUAUACAGAUACCUUGUCUUGGACCACCUGAUGUGGUACAUGUCUGUUGCCCCUGUAAUUAAUAUUUGGACAUCACUAUCCAUCUUGUAAAUUGUUUGUUAAUUUUACUGCCACAAAAAUUGCUACAAUGGGAAUUUGACAUUUGUUUUUAAUGUAUUUUUGUAAUGCACUGUUAUUGUUUUGUUAUUGAUGUUGGUCUUGUCAAUGUGCAUUAUUUGUUCUACUUUGGUUUCAAAAGCACAAUCACUUAACUUUAUUUUAAACUAUUGUUAUCUAUGACCUUUCGUCAUACAAGAGGAACAAUGACACAAAUGAUCUUGUUAAUCGUUGUCUAUAUACAGUGGGGCAAUAAAGUAUUUAGUCAGCCACCAAUUGUGCAUGUUCUCCCACUUAAAAAGAUGAGAGAGGCCUGUAAUUUUCAUCAUAGGUACACUUCAACUAUGACAGACAAAAUGAGAAAAAAAAUCCAGAAAAUCACAUAGGAUUUUUAAUGAAUUUAUUUUCAAAUUAUGGUGGAAAAUAAGUAUUUGGUCAAUAACAAAAGUUUAUCUCAAUACUUUGUUAUAUACCCUUUGUUAGCAAUGACAGAGGUCAAACGUUUUCUGUAGGUCUUCACAAGGUUUUCACACACUGUUGCUGGUAUUUUGGCCCAUUUCUCCAUGUAGAUCUCCUCUAGAGCAGUGAUGUUUUGGGGCUGUUGCUGGGCAACACGGACUUUCAACUCCCUCCAAAGAUUUUCUAUGGGGUUGAGAUCUGGAGACUGGCUAGGCCACUCCAGGACCUUGAAAUGCUUCUUACGAAACCACUCCUUCGUUGUCCAGGCGGUGUGUUUGGGAUCAUUGUCAUGCUGAAAGACCCAGCCACGUUUCAUCUUCAAUGCCCUUGCUGAUGGUAGGCUUUGUUACUUUGGUCCCAGCUCUCUGCAGGUCAUUCACUAGGUCCCCCCGUGUGGUUCUGGGAUUUUUGCUCACCGUUCUUGUGAUCAUUUUGACCCCACGGGGUGAGAUCUUGCGUGGAGCCCCAGAUCCUACAAUGUGAUUUUCUGGAUUUUUUUUCUCAUUUUGUCUGUCAUAGUUGAAGUGUACCUAUGAUGGAAAUUACAGGCCUCUCUCAUCUUUUUAAGUGGGAGAACUUGCACAAUUGGUGGCUGACUAAAUACUUUUUUGCCCCACUGUACACGAUUGAACCAGUGUUAUAUGUGUCUUAAUAUUCUGUUUCUGUUAGGGAUUGGGAUGGGAACUUAACUCUCCUGUCUAGUUUAGGUUUCAUUCAAACCACAGUGUUCAUUUGGACUCAAACUUUAUUAUGACACAAACUACUGUGUUAAUCGGACUAUACUCUCAUGUCUAAAAUUGCACUUAUGAGGAAGUGAGAGAGACAGUAGACAAGCUGACGGAUACAUUGUACCAAUAGGGAAGGGUGAGGAAGCCCCAUUAGUAGGAGUCUCCCCAUCAGUAGGGAACGUUGAUGGAUACAUCCUGGAAAAUGGAUUUCUCCAUGCCUGAUGAUGGAUAGCGUUUUCUCCAUGAGCAACCAGUACACAGUGACACAUCCACCAUUGUUUCCCAGCAAGACAGAGGGCAGAGGAAAGUGACAUUAAUACUUACCCUAAAGAAGGACUCUAUUACAGAAAGAGGACAACUGGUGACAAAAGACUAGGACUUGAAAAUAAUGCUGCUUGGCAAUGGAACAGCAUGUUGGGUUUAGGUUCUUUAUGGCUACAUCUAGGCCAAGCUUUUGAUACAUCUACAAAAUGUGUAAAACAUUGUUCGCUGAGGACACCUGACAUUUGUUUGGAGUUUGCCAUGUUUUAAAGAAUUGCAACUAUGUUCAUGAUGUCAGCCAUGUUAUGUCAUUACUGAGUAUGUUAUAAACGGGGAUAAAAACAAUUAUUGUCAUUUUUACCACAUUAUUUAUUAUUAAAUACUUGGAAUUUU